AGAACACAAUCUUUUUCGUAUCAUGGUUAUCCUACUAAAUGUUUAUUAUUAGUUCCAAUCCUUCUAAGAUAAGAUAGGUAUACGUACCCGCUUUCAUCCAUCCAGUUCGUGUCUAAGUUGAAAUCUUAUACUUAAUUACGUUGACAGGCGGCUCUUAGCAAUUAGCAUAAUAACAUAACACGAUGAAACAACUAAUUUUAAAAUGUGUAUAAUGAUCUUUCAAUCCAUAACUCUUUUCAACCUCAUCUUUUUCAUGCUUACCUUUUGGUAACUUAAGAUUUAAGCUGCUCAAUACGUUUUCUUUUGUGUCUGCAUGAUUAUGAUCAAGUGGUAGGUGAGAUCAGAAUGUCCUACAAUAUACUCUGCUCAAGAUUCGAGCCUCCCAUAAAACAAAGUGUGAUAACCAUUUACUUUUUGGCAUUAGUCAGUGUGAUGACCAAUCUAUUAUAUAGCACUAAGCAUUUUCCAAAAUAAGGCAUAUAAAGAAAUAUUUCUUUUCCUAAGAGUUUAGUUCUAUUUCCAACUUGCUGACUGUCCUAUAUCUUAUUUUCUACGGAUAUAACAUAACCUUUUUUCAAUUGUACACGAAAGUAUUUUGUUUUCAAGAGAGCUCAAGUCAAGUAUUAAUAUCAUUAGCCCUGGAUAUCAUGAGUUUACAAAACCGAAAUCAAAAGAUCUUAUUCUACUAUUCCAGAUUCCUAUUUCCUACACAACUUAUAAUGAUUACUGUUGUAAGUUGAAUAUUACAACAACAAACAAACAAACAAAACAACAGUAACGAUGUUCAUUAAACCAUUAAUUAUUCUUGUCAACGAAGUUGUACGUAAUAAAGUAUAAAAUCUUGAAAAAACGACGGUCCUUUCAAACCAGAUUCCCAUUUUCUCAAGUAUAAAAUGGACUUAUUUUUAUUCCAAUAAUAUAUAAAAUAAAUAAAAGUCGACGGCAGCGACUAAAAAGCUUCAGAAACACACACAAAAGAAGAAAAACUCAACCUUUGAAAAUUUCGAUAAUAAAUUAAUAAAGGAAAAUUCAAAGUCUCAUUAGCGUAUGGUUCACUCCUCUCUUACCAUUCCACUCUUUUCCCCAUAUUUUCAUCACACUUAUUUCCCAUCAAAUACACACACACAUGUUUAUAUAUAGACAUACACUUCCACAUUAUACAUUUCAUUCAUUACUUAGAAAAGCUAGUGAAAUUCAAGAAAACAAAAAGAGAGGAAAACAUUCAUUACCAAAUGGCUCCGUGUCGUACGAUGGUUUUGCUCUGUCUUGUUCUGUUUCUGGCGGCGAGUACUACCUCUACAAGAAUUGGAGUCACCACCAUGGAGAUGAAGAAUAAGAAGAGCUUAGGGUUUAAACACAGCUAUAUUUUUGGUUACUUGCCCAAAGGAGUUUCCAUUCCUCCUUCUGCUCCUUCUAAUAGACAUAACUCUCUUGUUGACUCCCUUCCUCAUUGAUUUCAUUUUGUAUGCUUCUAUGUAUUUUUUGUAUGUUAAUUUUGUAGAUUAGAGACAUACAGGAUUAAACUCUUUGUAUAUACUUUCAUACUAUUGAUUUUUUUUUUUCAGAUGUU